AUGGAGAUGCUUAUGAUACGGGCUCAGCUUGUGGAAGAUGAUGGAGUCGCCAUGUAUCGGUUUCUCAAUGGGCUGAGGCGUGAUAUUAUGGUUCAAAUGGAUAUGUAUCCUUACAAUUCUACUUUGGAACUUGGCCAACUUGCUACUAAAAUUGAAUCGCAAGGAAAGGUAGGAGUAAGUGUGAGCUUUGGAAAGGCGUCACCAAAUUUCAACAAGUAUGGGGGUAAUACGGGACCAACAAAAUCUUGGCCCAAAGGAGAUGAAAAGCACACGACCAAGAAUGAGCCACUUAAGGUUGUUAAGCGUGAUGAACAAAGGAAAGUCAGCAAUGAUGGUUCACCAAACAAAGCAAAGGAUAUCACAUUCUUUAAGUGUCAAAGGAAAGGUCACUACGUCAAUGCAUACCCUAAUGUGCGAACUGUUGUGAUUUGUGACAAUGGGAACUAUGUACAUUUUUCAGAUGAUGAGGUUGAAGAUUUGGAACAUGAGGUUGAGGCGAGUGAGGAUGAAACAAUCCAAGAGAUGGAAGAGCAAGUUGAAGAAAAUUUAUCCGGGGAGUCUCUAGUGGUUUUACAAAUGCUUGGCCCUGUUCCACAGGAAUUGGAAAAAUUUGUUGAUCGGCUUAAGGAGCAAUGGGAAAAUUUAUUCCAUUGUCGGUGCAAGAUUGGUGGGAAACAAGCAUCGAUAAUCAUUGAUAAUGGAAGUUUCACCAAUGUCGUAAGUUGGUAUAUGAUAGACAAGCUUGGACUCCAAACUAUCAAGCAUCUGGCUCCGUACCAUCUUGAAUGGAUAAACUCUAGUGGAGAUAUGAAGAUUACUAGGCAAGCCAAAGUUCCAAUUUCAAUCGGCCCCUACAAAGAGGAUGUCCUUUGUGAUGUUACUCCGAUGACCGCAUGCCAUGUGCUCAUUGGACAACCAUGGCAAUCCGAUAAAGGAAUUAUCUAUGAUGAAAAGACUAACAAAGUUAGAUUUUAUUACAAGGGCUACAAGCUAAGGAUGCUUGAAGAGAUGAAGGAUGUAUACCCAGAGGAACUACCGCAAGGACUACCGCCCACUCGUGGGAUAGGAUGGGUUCGGGAGAGCUUAUUACCAUGUGUUAUUACUGUUAUCAUUGUCGCCAAGAAAGAUGAAACUUGGAGGAUGUGUGUGGAUUAUAGAGCGGUGAAUGCGAUUACAAUUAAGUAUCGACACCCAAUCCCGCGCCUUGAUGACUUGCUUGAUCAGAUCAAUGGAGAGAUAAUCUUCUCCAAGAUUGACCUUCGGAGUGGAUACCACCAGAUUCGUAUACAACCCCGUGAUGAGUGGAAGAUGGCAUUUAAAACGAAGCUAGUUAGCGAGGAUGGCUUGAAGAGGUUCAUGCUUGAUUUUAGCUUGAUCGCUGCUCCUCUCACGUCCUUGCUCAAGAAGGGGGUCUCAUUUAAAUGGGAACAAGCAGACCAAGAAGCAUUUGAGACAUUGAAGGCAAAGCUUACUCAUGCACCAACAUUGCAACAUUAUUUGAUGCCACGAGAGUUUGUGAGACACACCGAUCAUGAGACCUUGAAGCACUUGAGGGGGAAACAACAACUGAAUCGAAGGCACGCAUACUGGGUAUCUUUUAUUGAGUCAUUUCCAUACACCAUCAAGUACAAAAAGGCUAAGGAUAAUAUUGUCGCGGAUACACUCUCACGCAAAUGCUCCAUUUGGGAGUUACUAAUACAAGAAGUUCACGGUGGUGACAUGAUAGGCCACUUUGGGAAGAAUGCUACAAUGGAAACUCAUGGAGAGAAAUUUUAUAGGCCUGGAAUACGCAAGCAAGUGGCAGAUUAUAUUUCGCAAUGCGUGACGUAUCUCAAGCCAAAGUCAACACUUAAGCCAGAUGGACUCUACAUACCUCUUCCACCCCCGUAA